AUGUCUGCCUCACUCUCGUUUGGCCGCUUUGGCCUUGCCGUUCUUUUCAUGCUCAAUACUCCUCUUGUAGAUGCCUACUUCCUUAACUGGAAUGCCCACUACCACCACUUGGAGCCUAGACAGACCACGACUAGCGAUGUUGCUCCAGCAACUACCAGCCAGUCCCGCGCGGAUCGUCUCAUCGAAAACAUUGAUCGCCUUGACGAAUCCAUUCGAGAACUCCCGAACGACGCCUUGAACUUCCUGAACGAGAUUGGUGACAAGAUCGAAUACAUGGAAGGCGUUUUCCAGAGCAUUAUUGGCUCUAUCUCACCUUCAUCAACUACACCAACUACGCCAACUGAACCGACACCCCGGCUUCCCGUCCCAACCAGCCUACUAGCCAUCAAUUCCACCGCCAAUGCGACAAUUGCACUACCGAGCACCAUCGUGCCGACUCCGGUCUCCGAGGACCCAAUUUUGAGCAUCCUUCCCGUCUUGGAUAGCAUUCUUCCUGCAUUGACUACGGCUGCAUCAGCUGCUGCGUCUUUAGCUGGCUACGGGAACGCCACUUCCCUGCUCAUACCUACCGCUCCCGGCUCGGCUUUCACUCCAGUCCUUUCAACGGUGAAUGCCUCCGAGUCUUAUCCUCUAAGCCUCCCUUCGACGCCUUCUCUCGUUGCCAUUGUGCCCUCUAUUGAACCUCUCAACUCAACCACAGCCAUCCCGGACUUCGCAAACACAACAUCAGCGCUUCCCUUUGUUAACAACGCUACCUCGACACCUAUUGCGAAUAUCACGACGAGCUCCUCGGCUGUGAGCGCUACUUCAAUUCUUGCCUACGUAAACGCCACUUCCGUCUACGUAAGCGCCACUCCAAUUCCUCUCGACGUCAAUGCCACCUCGGUUCCUGGCUACGUGAAUUCCACUUCGGCCCCUAUUCUCCUAAACGUCACUUCAGUUUCUUCCUUUGUAAACAGCACCGCCACCACCGCUACGGUUCUCAUUGCGACAAACCUUACCCUGACUACUUCCCUACCGGUGAAUGCAACUACUCCGCUCGCUAUCAACUAUACCUCUACUGCACCUUCAACAAACGUUAGCACUCCACCGUUCCUCCUAAACGCUACUACUGCACUCCCCAUUCCCGCGAACCUUACUGCUCUUGCUCCUCUUCCAACGAAUGCAAGCACUCCGCUUUUCGACAAUACCACCACUGCCACACUUCCUGUUGCGGCAAACCUUACAUUGGCCACUCUUCUUCCAGCGAAUACGACCACACCGCUCUACAUCAACAACACCUCCACUGAAUCAUCGCCUAAUGCCACCGCACCAUCGUUUCUACUGAACACUACCGCCGUACUCCCUCUGCCAGCAACCCCGAUUGCUCCUCUCCCAGCGAAUACAACCGCGCCCCUCUUUAUUAACUUCACGACUGCUACACUUCCCAGCCCAGCAAAUCUUACUUUGGCCACUCUUCUUCCAACGAAUGCUACCACUCCUCCUCUCUUAGUCAGUUACACAUCCACGGCGCCAUCAGUCAAUACUACCUCAGCACUCUUUCCUUUAAACGCCACUACAUCCGUUCCCGAAGCCUCCGCAUCAGCUCUAUCUGAAUUCCGAAAUGCAACGUUCAGUACCCCGCUCGCCAACCUCACCAGCAUCCCGCUCGCUACGCCCGCCCUGAAUACCACCACCUCCCCCUCUCUCAACGACACUAUCGCUACAUCCACCCCCCUCUUCGCCAACGCCACCACUUUCCUACCUAUAACUUCCAUCUCCUCGGAGGUUCUCCCUACGAGCAGCGCCAUCACCAACAGCACCCUCCUCUCCGCUUUCAUCGCCAACAUCACGUCCGCUCUUUCCAUCUCGACUUACAACGCCACACUGCUGGCCGACCUACUCCGAUCGAACCUGACCGAACCCACGCCCGCACCGGCCGUUUCUUCUUUCUUCAAUUCCACAGUCCUCACCACCACUGGAGCCGCCAUCCCGCUCUACACGAACCCAAGUAGCUCGCUCCUUCCCAUCAACGCGACCUUCUCUUCGCUCCUCCCCGCCACCAACGAGACAUCCUCCUCGCUCCUCCCCGCCACCAGCGAUACAUUCUCCCCAGUCGUCCUCAUCCCCACGCCGUCGACGCCCAGCUCUCUGAGCGCGUCCCUGGCGACGGGCGGCGCAUCAUUCGCGUCCAUCUCAGCAACACCGGUGGCAUACAGCAACGCAAUGUUCGAAGGCAGCCGAACAGGUAUACCAACGCACAUGCCGAUCCCGAUUUCCGCGCUGUCUGCGGCAGCGAGCAGGAUGGCAGCGUCGAGGAAGAACGAGACGACGACGCUCACGACGAUUGCGUCGACGGCGAUGAUAACGAGCGUGGUGGCCGUUGCGGAGACGGAGUCGGUGACGACGGUGCUGGCGACGUCGACGAACGAGGUGGGCAUGACGCAGGUGUUUAUCAGCACCGUGACGGUGACGACGACGGUCCUUGUGACGCCGAGUCCGGCUCCGUGGAGGAAUGCGACGACGAGCAGCGUUUGA